UCAGUCUGUAGAUCAGAGGAAGUGAAGAACCACAGGAGGAGCUGAUGGUAUUUAAAGAAAGAGUUGAGAUCAUAUACUGAAGAGAAAGACUGAGAGAAAGAGAACAUGUCUGAUGAGUGUCGUGUGUGUCUGCUGGGACUGAUCUUUCUCUCUUCACUUCUCACAGGUAUCAGUGGAGUGAAUGAGACUCAUGUGUUCAUCAGUUCUGGUGAAAAUGUCCGUCUGCCCUGUAAUAAUGCUCUUCAUGGCUGUAACUCAACUACAUGGAUCUAUAAUAACAGAUUCAGACAUUCAACAGCAGUUGAACUGAUUCGUUUAGGGAUAAAGAAGAAAGACACAGAGAGUCAUGAGAGACUGAGUCUGGGGUCUGACUGCUCUCUGAACAUCAGGAACAUCUCAACAGAAGAUUAUGGAUCUUACAUCUGCAGACAAUAUGUGAAUCACACACAACAAGGACCUGAUGCUCGUGUUUAUCUGCAUGUUCUUCAUGUCUCAUCCUCACAGACUGAGAUCAGUGCAGGUCUCUCUGUGACUCUCUUCUGUCAGUUGUAUUCAUAUGAUGGAGUCUCUUGUGAUGAUUGGAUCCGUUCUGAGAGAAUUCAGCUGUUCUGGGUGAAUCAGGCUGGUGUUAAACUGACGAGAUCAGACUCCAGAUAUCAGAUAUCAUCCUCAUCAGAUCACUGUAUCAUCACUCUGAAUACAACACUCCUGAAUGAAGAUCACAACAGAGAGUGGAGAUGUGAAGUUACUCAGAGAGAUCAACUCAAGACCUCAGUCACAUACACUGUCAAGAGUUCAGCAGAAACUGAAGUCAGUAGGAUUGCUGGAUCAUUAUUCAGAGGGAUUGUGAUUAUUGUUGAGUUUGCGGUGUUUGCUGCUCCUACUGUGAUUCUUCUUCAGAUCAUCUGUGCAAGAAGAGCUGGGAGGAAGGACUCGCAGAAGCCAGAGGAAAUAGAGAUUAAUACAAUAAUAGAAUAAAAUACUCUACAAAUAACUGAUUACAGCAACAUUUAUCUUCAUGCCAGUGAUAUUUUGAAUAUUUUCAUACAGUCUAUGUGGAUAUUUUGUACUGAUUGUUUUAAAUAUAAUUUUAAAUACAGCGAUCAACAAAGCAAGACAGGCACCUUUAAUAUACAUGAAUGUUUUUUACAGACAUCCUAAUAUUAAUACAUGGUAAUUUUCUAUCCUUUACUCAUCUGAUUGUUACAUUUAACUUUUUAAAUGUUUUAAUUGUCCAUAUUAAUUGAUGAUGACUUUUAUUGUCCAUUCUCGUUAAUUCAUCAGUUGAACCAUUCAGCCUAUGUUUGUUAGAUUUACCUCCUGAGUGUGUUAUUGAAGACUUUUAACCAAA